CUGAAUCGUUCAUCUAGCCGUGAAUAUGGAGGAAAUCAAGAAGACACUAAGUCAGUAUCCUUCAAACUUCAGUGUCAAAGAAACGAUGGCUACUAUGUCACGUAAAGAAAUAAAAAAGAUAAAAAUCAAAUUAGAGGUUGAACUGGAAUCUUCUGAAAAAGAAUUCAGCACGGACAUGGAAAAGUUAAGAGUCGAAAAUUUACUUUCGUUUCUUCAUUUUUAUCUAGGAGAUCAAGAAAAGGCGACAAAGUUAAACGAAAUAAUUUUAGACAGACAACCCGAGAAUAUAAUAGCUUUAUCAAACAAAGCUUGGUUUUCUUUGCGAGACCAUAAAAACAUAUUGCAGUGCAAAGAACUUUGUGAACGUCUCAAAACCAUAAAGAUCAAAAAUGAAUUGGCUUUUAUAAUCGCAAAAGCUGAGGUAGCAUUUACUUAUUCAAGACUAGGAAUACGGAAUUAUAAGAAGGCUUCGUCAGAGUUCGGAAACGUUCUUCGAGAUUGCGAGAAAUUUAAAAAACUGGAUAAUGGAUCGGACUCUGCUGCUUAUUCAACUCCAGUUCAAGUUCCGACCGACUAUGUUUGUGUGUGGAUGCAUCGGAAAGCCCUCUGUCAACGGAGACAGUCAAAUUUGAAUAACAAUGAUUAACUAGCAGAUAUUGAAGAAAAGAAAAAAUAUUACCAUGUUACGCUAAACCUGUAUAUGGAGAUAAUUGAGUUAGAAUGUUCUGAAAGCGAUUGUAUCAAGAGAUACAAAGCGAGAUCAUAUGUUGAAAUUGGUUUUAUUUCUUAUGAUGUCACUAGGAAUCAAUCCGUAUUUCCAAAUGGCAUGGAAGAGUUUAUGCCUACAAAUUCACCAUUUUUAAUGUCUACGAGAGAUUAUUUUAGAAAAGCUCUUGAGUGUUAUCCGGAUGAUGCAUCUGUUCUUGAACAAAGCGGGAAGUACUUUCGAUACAUAAAUGAACAUGAAACAUCAAUGCAUCUACUAACUCGAGCUAUUCAAAUCAAACCAACCUCUUUUGGUUAUCAUCACAUCGCCCUGACGCUCAAAAGGCUGCUUGAAUUAAACAAAGGGGCAUUAGCUCGACAUUUUCUAGAACUUCCUAUGGACUGUAGAGAUGGGAUAAAGAACGUUUCACAACUGAGUAUAAAACCCGAACGUUUUCGCAAAAGAGGUACUAAUAAAUCCUGCGAUCCUUCGAGUCUGAAAAGCAAGUCUGGAAUAAAAUGUCCACAAAAACCAAUCAUUAUAGAUUACAAUGAACAUAAACCUGUUGUUGAUAAAGUUAUUGCGUAUCCUGAUAAAUCAUAUGCAAUGUCGUCAAACACGAAUGCAAUUUACGAUAAAGCCAUACUUUAUAGGCAAAUAAGUCAACCUGAAACUGCAUUAAAGGUUUUAGAAGAUUUAUUACAGAACAAUGAUGAAUUCAAUACACGCAUUAUGCUUGCAAACAUUUACGAGCAGUCCGCAUUUUGUAUAAGUGAUAUGUUACUCAACUCAAAUGACGUCAAAAUGAAAGAAAGAAGAGAUAUGUAUGCAGUCAGGGACUUUUAUUUAAAAUCAUCAAUGGAGAUUUCAUGUGCUCUUAUUGAUAAGAUUCCAUCCCUCGAAAAUGACUGGAAAUCAGCUGCUACACUGAGGAAUGUCCUAUAUGAUAAAUUAAAGACACAAAGAUCGAAAGAUACUCUUAAGGAACUAUGGUAUAUUGAAAAAAAGCUCAAUGAGCAUUCCGAUGCAAUUGAAAUACUUGGAGAAUUGCAAACAUUAGCCGAUGACGAAGAAGAAGAAAAGGAAUUUCUUGAAGGAACUGUCCAGCAUCAAAUUUCUAAAGAGAACUUUGAAGAGGCAGUAAUCGCUCUUUGUAUGUCUAAGCAAGUUACAUAUGGGCAACCACUUAUUGAUAAGAAUCUGUACAUUAAAGCUUACAUCGAAGCUGGUAUUGAUGCUUUCAGACGAAAACAUUAUCAAAAGGGGAAAAUGCGUAUUGAAGAGGCGUUUAGGUUCGUGAGAGAAUCUCAACAAACACAGGGAAAUAGCGAAGCGUCUAAUGGAACAAACAGAGAUAAAGAAGAAAAUGAAUCAUUCGACGUUUUCAUUCUUUCAAACCUUGAUGACGACGAAAAUGGACAAAAACUUAUGAUGCUUUUAAACAGUAUUGGACUCAAAACAACGUUCAAUACAGAUAGUCCAGCGAUUAGUCCAGGUACACCGGAAGUACUUGGAAUGACACACAUAAUGAGUCAGUCGAACGCUUUUGUAAUUGUAAAAGACUUUGAUACUGACAAUACAAAAAUGCAACAUAUUAUUGAUAGAAUGCAAAACAUUGUUGAAUACAGGAACGACAAAACAUUGAUUUUAGUAGUGACACUACCAGAAUCUACGGAAAUACAACCUGGAUCUAUUUAUGCAACGCAGAAAAAAAUUACAAUUGAUCUUAAAUCUGUAUCAGAGGACUCAUUUUUUACAGAUGUACAUUGCUUACCAGAGGGUGUCAAAAGUUUGUUAAUGGCUCUUGCAUCGGUAUAAAUAGCUAGCAUGCUUUUGAAUUGAAGCUCUUUGAAACUUGUACAGUUAUGUACAUAUUUCUAUAAAUACAUGUCCGUAGCAAUAUGUGCUAGAUAACUAUGAAAAUUUAAAUUGUAUCUAGCUAGUUAAAUGGGACUGGGUGAUGUGCCUUAGUUUGUAUGUUUGCCAUUAUUUGUCAUAGUUGAAAAGUACAUCGAUGUGGACUAAAAUUACGCGAUAAAAUAAGAGGAAUGUUAUUUUAUUUUCGCACCAUUUGCAGAGUGAACAUUGUUAUUGAUACAUCAAUUCGUCGAAAUAAUGACAACUUCGUUGAUUAAUAGAGCCGAUAGAUAGUCAAAUCGAGACGAUGACGAAGCAAAAACAUUAACCCUCUCCAAAAGGAAAUAAAUAAAUAAUAAUUAAAUGUAGAAAAGCAAUAUUGUACAGUUAUCCCAUUCGAGUAAGAACUGAGCACUUAACGAAAACAGUUCUGGGAAGUUAUAUGCUCAGGAACACUUGACAAACAAUUUUCUUUUUCAAAUGAAAAAACACGUAACUUAACAAACCAAACAUCUGUAAAGCUGAAAACAUUUUGAAGUUUCCAGACCAUGUUAGGAGUCAAAUAUAUGAGCAUUCAACGAAUGCAUCCCUCAUUUGAUUUCACAUUUGCUUGAAUAAAUGGCUGUAAAACGUUUCGAAUAUACUUAAAAUAAAGAAAAACUUCAUAUAGUUCCAGUUGUAUUAGGAACUUCAAAUGUUAUCAUACACAAUCUUUGUUCAGAAGGAUAUGUUAAGAAAAUAGAAAAAUAGAUCGAUUAUGUUUAUCAAAAGUUGAACUUUGAACUGAAAAAGCAGCAACAAAAGUUAAAAUCGUGUUGAAUGUUCCAGCAUAACAUUAAAUAAUAUUAUAUUGCCUUGUUUGAUGUUAUACAACAUGUCCAGUGGCAUCGAUGUGUAAAUAUAUCGUAGAAUUGGUAUAGCAAAGCCAAAGUGACAAUAUCAUUGAUUUAUUAUUAUGAAGACCGAAUCAAAACGAUAAAGAGUUUGUAUUUUGUUGCACAUGCUUCGCCGUAUUUAAGCAUAAUACUUUCCGCCAAAGUGCCGAAUUAAAAACUGAAAUUCACCCGAUGGCUGCAGGGAUAAUAAUUAAUACAAAAUACAAAUAUAUGUCAACUUGUCCAACAGAUGAUGUUCAUUUGUACUCCUAACCAUUUUACAUGGACAAGUCCGUGUGUCAUUUGCUGUAAUAAUUUUCUCGAACGUUCGCGUGGUAUACAAGUGCUUGUGCGAUAUUUCUGGUGGCAAAGAUUGCUUCGCAAAUGGUUAUUUUCUUUAAAUCUCAGAAGUUAAUGAUUUCGUGAAUUAAAAAAGAUUUUGACAUUUGAUGUUGCUCUUGUCAUAUCACCAGGUACACAAAGAGUAAUUGACACUUUCCCUGUAAAAGAUGGUCUUCGUGCUGUUGAAAAAGAUGGUCUUCGUGCUGUUAAGACUUGCAUUGGAAAAUCAGAAAUGAGACCAAUAACAAAAGGGUGUCCACUUAUUAAAGAUCUUUGAAAAUAUAUAGUGCAGAAACUGCAAGGGCAUACUAAUCCCUUUAUUUAUUAUCUGCCAACCAUGGGAAAAUAUAUUAUUUUUUAUGAAAAAGAAAUACAUUACUGGAAAACAGUAAAAUUGCAUAAAAAUUAAAAUGUCAUACAAAUAGUAAAAUAGCAUACAACUAUCACACAAUAAUGAAAUGGACUGAUUUUAGUAUGAUAGAUACUAUUAUUUUCAUACAUGUGUGUGAUAUUGGUCAACAGUUAAAAUAGAAAUGGAUGUUAUAAUGUUUAUGAAAUAAGUUUGUGUCAUGUCAGUGAAGUCUAUUGUUAUUUUAUAAACAAAUUAAAUAGAAGCAAGCGAUUUCAAACUCUAAAGGUUGUUAAUUAUUUUUUAGUGCUUUUUGAGGUAAAAGAGAUGAAAUAUAUCAAAGAUCUUUGAAGACAUUUUACAUAGACAUAUAUUUGGAAUCAAUAAGUAUUAAGUUUUAAAAUAAUCAAGGCUUUAACAUUCAAAGGAUGUUCAAUAUGUUAGAUGACCACACUAUUUGUAUUCAUUUGUUGUAAACUUGGUUUCCAAUUAAACCAGCCCAUGUUAUUAUUUACAUAAUAUUGUAUUAUAUUACUGACGAUGUACACAUUUCAUCUUCAUAAA